UGAAUUAGACACAUCCCAGCAUUGCACACUCACCAUUUGAGUACAACAUCCGAUAACCGUCAGGUCAUUGUAUGUUGCCGUACUUUUCACUGCCAACAUGCUCAAAGGUUUCAGUGCAUGAAUUGACACCGAUCAUACAUUAUUUUCAACCGUGAUUUUAAUGCUGUUGAUCGGCUGAUGGUGAUGGGGUGUACACUUUUGGCAACAAACAAACAACACAUGUGCGUUUGAAAAAGCUCACCUGAUGGAUUUUGCAGCGCAGAGCAAACAAACAGCAUAGAGGCCCUUUCCUCUGCCACUUCAACAGAUAUGUUGUCUCUUCAGGAGGAGUGAGACUGUGGAGAUGUCUAUUAAUAGUAUGCUAUAUUUGCACUGGCAUGGCUGCUCCCACCUGAUAUUGAAAUGCUUGAUUUCUUAUUGACACACAUAUAUGUCUUUGUUUAUAACAUAUGUACAUACAUGUUUAAUACAGCUUCAGUUAUAAACUUGAUUGAUUCAUUUAUAUCCAGCUGUCACUGGAUGGGUUUCAUUUGGGGAUGACAAUCAGCACCAAAUUCUCCAAAUUCAAUCUCCAUUGAUUUAAUCUUAUUUUGCCUCUGUGUAAAUCCUAAAUGCGACAAAGUUGGCGUGAUCAAAGCUCUCCAUUUAUGUGCUCCAGAGCGUCUGUGUAAUUUUGUUGACGUGCCUUUUAUUUUGAAGGCCUGAGUUUACCGGCUUCCGGAUGUACAGACUUCCGACGGCGAGUGUAAUACCGGAAGUUGUGCUGGGCUGUCAAAAGAGGAAAUAAUUUUUGUAAAUUAAAGUUAAAAACAGGAGCUUUCGUUUCCCAGUGAAAGCGGGGGGGGGGCUAACAGCAGAAACUUUGCAUGACACGGAGAGGACACUUCCCACCAUGGCGGAUGACUUGAAGAGAUACCUGUACAAACAAUUACAAAGCGUUGAAGGUAUUCAUGCCAUUGUGGUCACCGACAGAGAUGGAGUCCCAGUUAUCAAAGUUGCCAAUGAUAAUGCUCCUGUCCACGCGCUGAGACCGGGCUUCCUGUCCACCUUUGCCCUGGCCACAGAUCAGGGCAGCAAGCUGGGCCUGUCCAAGAACAAGAGUAUUAUCUGCUACUACAACAGCUACCAGAUCGUGCAGUUCAAUCGGUUACCCCUUGUCAUCAGCUUCAUUGCCAGCAGCAAUGCCAACACAGGCCUGAUCAUGAGCUUGGAGAAGGAGCUGGCUCCACUAAUAGAAGAGCUGAGGCAAGUUGUGGAAGUCACAUAACGUCCGACCAACCAUUUGAAGCCUUCAGGAGACUACAGUGGAAUCUUCUGUCAAAGUGUCCCCAUACUCACGGAUUCCCUUCCUUUGGUUUGUUGAUGUAUUGUGGGGAAACCUGCUUGAACCCCGCGAAGCGUUCCCUCACCUGCAUCAUUGUUCUUCUACUCUAUGUUGGGGAAAACAGGUUUUAUGUGUGAAUGCAAGUAAUAAAAGUUUGAUUUCAUUACCAAA